AUGUUGUUAGUAUGUGGUAUCACUUCUCACAUUGUUGUUACUUUAGAACACUAUAUCACCAUACGACCCCCUGUCACUACACCACACCCUUACACCAUCAUCACAUCCUACACCACAUCUUCACCACGCCACAACCAUCACCACACCAUAAUCCGUCACCACACCCUACUCUCACACCAUAACCACACUCCGACACCAUCAAUUCACCAUCACCAUUCACCAAAGCCUUCACCAUACCGUCAACACACCACACUCUCUCAUACCACACCAUACACCACAUCUAACACCAUAUCUACACCACACCCAUCACCAUGCCACCGGACCCCAUUAAAAGGUGACCCCAGUAGAAAGUCCAACUCCCAUUUACUGGACCCCAAUAGAAGAUUAUUUUAUAGAGUAGACCCCAGCAGAUUGACCCCUUAA